CUUCCUCCUCCCACUCUUUCCAUUUCUCAAGAGCUUCAACUCCGGAAGAAUCCACAUGGGUUGCUGUGUGAGUACGCACAGAGAUCUAUCCUCAGCUUCAUCACCACCAAAACACCAGAAUUCUGUCGUCCUCAAGAACCAGGCGCCACCGAGAUCUAAUUCUUCUUCCUCUGCCAAAGUUUCAGAAAACAGAGCACCCCCUGAAGAGGAAACUGUCAAGGAAGUUCUCCCCGAAACCCACAAAUGGAGGCCCCAAAUUGCCAACUUGGAGCCUCAAAAGUCGCCUCAGAAACCUGAAUUCCACAAGUUUCCAGAAGUGAGCAGCAAGAUCAACAAGGUGCCCUCGCCCAUCAAAAAGGAAGAAGAGAUCUCUGAGGUUUCGGAGGCUUGCAGCUUGAGCGAGAGCAUGAUGUCGACCACUACAACAGCUGACAGGAAAGAAGACGACGACGAAAUCCGCCAAAGGGUCAGCUCGUCGCCGGCAAAAAUGCGGAAAAAUCGAUCCUUUUCCGGCGAUAGAAGGGAUAAGACGGUGGGCAAAUCACCGACCAGGAGGCCGGAGCAAUCCCCGGGUCGGAGGAAUAUCGGGUCGGCGAGGCAAACUCCAAGCAGAGACCAACUAGUUCGGAGUCAAACAAUGGGCAACAGAGGAAUGAGGGGCGAGCCUCGCUGGCGGGACGCAGGCGAGAACUCCUCUCGGAGAUCGAGGUCACCUGCCAUGCGUACAGACAACGGAGCCACUAGAUCCAUCGUGGGUCGGAGCCCAUCGAAGAGAAGACCAAAUCAGUCCCCUGCACGAGCCAGAACCCCCACACCAGAGAAUGGCGGCCGGAGAAAGGAACAUUCCGGAACAGAAGGCAAAUGGCCGUCUGCGUCGGCGAACGAAUCACUGGAAAACCCUCUUGUGUCACUGGAAUGCUUCAUAUUUCUCUGAAAAAUCACCCCAUUGCGAGUUUGCGAUAAUGCAGGUUGUGGCUCGCCAUUGCCAGCCGGAGAGUUGGUGAGCAGAGUCUGAACGACAUGUCGUAUACCGAAUAAUAAUUUCUGUACUGAAAUAUUUUGCAGUUAAUGCACUAGGAGGGUGUAAAUAUUUCUAAGUCAAAGGUCAUGUGGUAGGACAUAGAAGAGGGGGUAAGGCUAGGGCAAGGCCUCAAGCCCAAAACAACGAAACGAGUAUCUCAACGAUUUGUCCUGAUAUGAACUUUUGGAUAUUGGAAUACGUAACUGAUUGUAGUUAAGCCAAAAA